CCGCCGCCAUCUUGGAUGCCGCGGAGCCCGAGAGACGGCGGCGAGCGGGGGGAGGGGGCAGCAACCCGACGGAUCGGCGCCCGCGUCGCGAUAGCCGGCCCGCGUGCCACGGCAGGGCACGGAGCUCCCGGCGCAUCCGCCGCAGGCGCCUCCGUAUCGGAGCUUUAUAAAGUAUGAAGAGAGCCCCUCUCUAGUGCAGGAAACAUGGCUGAUAAAAGGAAACUACAAGGUGAAAUCGAUCGCUGCCUGAAGAAGGUCUCUGAAGGAGUAGAGCAGUUUGAAGACAUCUGGCAGAAGCUCCACAAUGCAGCCAAUGCAAACCAAAAGGAGAAGUACGAAGCAGACUUGAAGAAAGAGAUCAAGAAGCUCCAGAGACUGAGGGACCAGAUCAAGACCUGGGUAGCUUCAAAUGAGAUCAAAGACAAGAGACAGCUGAUAGACAACCGGAAGCUCAUUGAGACGCAAAUGGAGCGGUUCAAGGUGGUGGAGCGGGAGACAAAGACCAAAGCCUACUCAAAGGAGGGGCUGGGCCUGGCACAGAAGGUGGACCCAGCACAGAAGGAGAAGGAGGAGGUUGGCCAGUGGCUCACGAACACCAUCGACACCUUGAACAUGCAGGUGGAUCAGUUUGAGAGCGAGGUGGAGUCGCUGUCGGUCCAGACCCGGAAGAAGAAGGGGGACAAGGAUAAGCAGGACCGGAUUGAAGGCCUUAAGCGUCACAUUGAGAAGCAUCGGUAUCACAUCCGCAUGCUGGAGACCAUCCUGCGCAUGCUGGACAACGACUCCAUCAUGGUGGACUCGAUCCGGAAGAUCAAGGACGAUGUGGAGUACUAUGUGGACUCCUCACAGGACCCUGACUUCGAGGAGAAUGAGUUCCUCUAUGAUGACCUUGACCUAGAAGACAUUCCACAGGCUCUGGUAGCCACCUCCCCGCCCAGCCACAGCCAUAUGGAGGAUGAGAUCUUCAACCAGUCUAGCAGCACUCCUACCUCCACCACCUCCAGCUCGCCAAUUCCGCCCAGCCCUGCCAACUGCACGACGGAGAACUCGGAAGAUGACAAGAAGAGGGGGCGAUCAACAGACAGCGAAGUUAGUCAGUCACCUGCGAAGAAUGGUUCGAAGAGCGUCCACAACAACCACCACCCGCAGUCGCCAGCUGUCACACCUAGCUAUCAGCUGGGGAGCAGUUCAAGCACCUCGUCCUCAUUGGGCAAUGGCCCUGGCUCCAACAGCAAUGGGGCUGUGUCCAGUGGGAGCAGUGCUGGCAACAAGGCCAGUCCAGCCACAGGGCACACACCCAGCACCCCCACGCCCUAUGCCCAGGCUGUCGCACCCCCACCUGCCUGCACCAGCGCCUCACAGCCCCGGCCCCCCAGUGCCCAGCAGAAUGCUAGCAAGCAGAACGGUGCCACGAGUUAUAGCUCUGUGGUGGCUGACAGUUCAUCAGACUCAGCCCUGAGCAGCAGCAGCAGCCAGACGCUUCCCAGCCAGCCGACACCCCACAAUCCCCCCAGCAGCACUGCGAAAGAGCCUGGUGGAGCCCCCCCACCACACAGCACCAGCAGCAGCUCCAGCAAUGCUGCCACUACCACCUCCAGCCUUUUGGUCCCCAUGACGGUGAAUCCCCCCAGCUCCCCAACCCCCAGCUUUUCGGAGGCCAAGCCAGGCCAGCCGCUUCUCAACGGUCCGCCCCCUUUCAGCUCCACCCCUGAGAUCAAGGCACCUGAGCCCCUCAGCAGUCUGAAAUCAAUGGCCGAGAGAGCAGCCAUUGGCUCCAGCAUAGAGGACCCUGUGCCAUCGCUUCACCUUGCUGAAAGGGACAUACUGAUUACUAGCACAACCUCGCAGCCAGCCUCUAGUCAGCCCCCAGUCCAGCUCUCGGAGGUGAACAUCCCGCUCUCCCUGGGGGUCUGUCCCCUGGGGCCAGUGCCACUCACCAAAGAGCAGCUCUACCAGCAGGCCAUGGAGGAAGCAGCCUGGCACCACAUGCCUCACCCCUCGGACUCGGAGAGGAUCCGGCAGUAUCUGCCCCGGAACCCUUGCCCAACUCCCCCUUACCACCACCAGAUGCCUCCGCCGCACUCAGACACUGUGGAGUUCUACCAGCGCCUCUCAACAGAGACGCUCUUCUUCAUCUUCUACUAUCUGGAGGGUACCAAGGCACAGUACCUGGCAGCCAAAGCCCUGAAGAAGCAGUCGUGGCGGUUCCACACCAAGUACAUGAUGUGGUUUCAGCGGCAUGAGGAGCCCAAGACCAUCACAGAUGAAUUUGAGCAGGGCACGUAUAUCUACUUUGACUACGAGAAAUGGGGCCAGAGGAAGAAGGAAGGCUUCACCUUUGAGUAUCGCUACCUGGAGGAUCGGGACCUGCAGUGACACCUGCAUCCCCCUUGGGCGCAGCCAGGGGGUGCCAGACUUCCAGAGCUACUCGGCUGGGACAGCGGAGCCCAGGGUUGGGCAUGGGGAGGGGGGAAAGGGCGGGGCCCAGCUUCGCCUCCCCCCUCACCCUAAUUCCUUCCCCUGUCUUCCCUGGGGCAGGGGCAUGGGGGCCUGAAUGGGCCAUCCGAACACUUUAAUGCAUGCAGUUUUAAAAAGGCAAGAACGAGGGACAUUGAGUGGGGAGCGGGGCAGGGGGAGAGGAGCAGCCAUCGGUGUAGUGCCCUCCCAGGGAGGAGAGGGGGGUGCAGGUGAACAAGACCAUGAUCUCAGAGGAGGAAUGAGGUGGGGAGGGGAAUCAUUGGAUUUAAAAAGA